AUGGAGUGUCGAGUGGUGUUGGACAAUAAUCAGAGAUUUUCUUCAUUAUCAACCUACCUACCUGUGAGCUAUCGGAUCUUCAGUGCUGAGACAUCUUUCUUUCUCAAAGAAGCCAACCAGGACUUUAUGAGAAAUUCCAGUUUGCAGUCCAGGGUGGAAUCGUUCUUCCCAUACAAAGCCAAGAGACCACCUAUAUUAAAUGCCAGCUACGGACCUUUUUCGGUUGAACAAGUCGUGCCCCAGGACCUACUGUUAACUUCCAACUUUUUUGGAUCUGCCAACAAGUUUACUUACAACUGGAAACUUCAAGCAUACAUAAUGAGCAACAAAAUUUACCUGAGCAAGCCCAAAGUGCAGGUGCUCUUCUACAUCGUGGGCAGGGACUGGGAUGACUACAGCACCACGGAGCGGCUGCCCUGCCUGCGGGUGUUUGCCUUCCGAGAGACGCGGGAGGUCAGAGGCAGCUGCAGGCUGAAAGGGGAUCUGGGCUUGUGUGUGGCAGAGCUGGAGCUCCUGCCAAGCUGGUUUAAUCCCUCCACGGUUGUCACGGGCCGUAAGAAGCCACCGGAUCAGUUUGAAGGGAGCCCUGUGGAGCUUUAUUAUACUAUUCAACCAGAUGAGAAGGGAGAGUGCACCACUGAGGAUAUAAGGAAGGGAAAUGCUAUCCGGCCAGGAAAAGAUGGCAUGGAUGAAACUAUGUCCCACUUACAGAGGAUUGGAUCUGUCAGCCUCUACCGAGGCCAGGAGACUUCUCAGCUAACGGAGCUGCGGCUGGACAGUAACGUUGUUGUCUGGUUGCCCUCAAAGCCUGUCAAACAAGGAGAGGUUGUGAAUGUUUAUGUCACAGUUGCCAACAACUCCACGGUGGAUCAGUUCAUACUCAGGGCAAAGGUGAAGAAAGGUGUAAACAUUCUCAGUGCAAAGACAAGUGACCCCCGGCAGUGGGACGUGAAACAAGAGGUGGGGAAUGGUGGAAAGCAUUCGACCACAACAGUUAUUUGUCAGAGGAUAGCACCAAGUUCAAGGAACAGAAGUAACAGUUUAUUCAAUGAGGUCGUGCAGAUGAACUUUGAAAUAGCCAGUUUCAGCAGCCUUUCUGGAACACAGCCCAUCACCUGGCAGGUGGAAUACCCUCGGAAGGGGACAACAGACAUAACCUUGUCUGAAAUCUUCAUCUGCCAGAAGGAUCUUGUUGGAAUUGUUCCAUUGGCGAUGGACACGGAAAUUCUGAACACCGCAAUUCUCACAGGAAAAACAGUGGCAGUGCCCAUCAAAGUGGUCUCCAUUGAGGAGAACAGUGCUGUGACAGACAUCUCUGAAUCAGUUGAGUGCAAAUCCUCUGAUGAAGACGUCAUUAAAGUUUCUGACAGAUGUGACUAUGUUUUUGUCAAUGGCAAAGAAAUGAAAGGCAAGGUGAAUGCACUGGUGAACUUUACGUAUCAGUAUCUGAGUGCCCCUCUGCAAAUCACAGUGUGGGUUCCACGCCUGCCUCUUCAGAUCGACAUUUCGGAUACAGAGCUAAGCCAAAUAAAAGGCUGGCGAGUCCCAGUUGUUUCCAACAAAAGACCCACCAGAGACAGUGAUGAUGAGGAUGAAGAUGAGCGGAAAGGACGAGGAUGCACUCUGCAGUACCAGCACGCCAUGGUGCGAGUCCUCACCCAGUUCGUAGCCGAGGAUUCCAGCCCUUGGGGUCAGCUGAGCUACUUGCUGGGCUCAGACUGGCAGUUUGACAUUACAGACCUGGUGAUGGAUUUUAUGAAACUGGAGGAUCCUCACAUUGCCAAGCUGCAGGAAGGCAGGAUUUUGAUUGGACGGGAAGUAGGAAUGACAACGAUGCAGGUUUUGUCUCCUCUGUCUGACUCCAUCCUGGCAGAGAAGACAGUGACUGUGCUAGAUGACAAAGUGACUAUUACAGACCUUGGAGUCCAGCUGGUAGCUGGGCUUUCACUCUUUCUUCAGCCAAAUGCAGCAAGUAGUCGGGCUAUUGUGGCUACAACCAUCGCCCAGGAGUUGCUUCAUACUCCUAAGCAGGAAGCUGUAGUAAGCACCUGGAUUCAGUUCAGUGACAGCUCUGUUACUCCGCUGGACAUUUAUGACUCUAAGGACUUCUCCCUUUCUGCUGUAUCAUUAGACGAAGCUGUUGUCUCGAUCCACCAGAACGCUGCCUUAAAAUGGCCCGUUGUGGCAGCAGAAGGUGAAGGUCAGGGCACGUUAAUCAAGGUGGACAUGAUGAUUUCUGAAGCCUGCCAAAAGUCCAAGAGGAAAAGUGUCCUGGCUGUGGGGAAUGGCAACAUCAAAGUCAAGUUUGGGCAGAACGAUGCAGACUCCGAUACAGGUGGAGAUUAUGAUGCUGAUGAGAUUGAAAACCACGCAAGUGACCGGCGGCACAAAGUGUCAGAUCAGGAACGCUAUGGCCAGGAUGGACGAUACUAUGGUAGCUCUUCAGCAGAACGAGAGGAAGGCGCCGUCAGAAAAGUCAGCACCACAGCAAAAUCUGUCAUAAAAAAUAAAGUCAUUAAAAACAGUAGGCUGGAUGGUGGCAAACUCUCAGAUGAUAGCCAGCUGCAGAACAUUCCUAUUGACUUCACCAACUUCCCUGCUCAAGUAGACCUACCAAAAGGCAACACAGGCAUGGAGGAGAAUGACCUGGUGCAGACACCCAGGGGCCUUAGCGAUCUGGAGAUUGGGAUGUAUGCUCUGCUAGGGGUCUUCUGCCUGGCAAUUCUAGUCUUCCUAAUAAACUGUGCAACAUUUGCACUGAAGUACCGGCACAAGCAGGUUCUGGUGGAAGGACAGGCCACCAUGACCCAUUCUCAUGACUGGGUCUGGCUGGGAAAUGAAGCAGAACUGCUGGAGAACACAGCAGAUGCAUCACCUCAGCAGGAUGAGCACACAACUAUUAUUGACCGAGGCUCGGGUUGCGAGGAGAGCAACCAGCUCCUCAAUGGCAGUGCUCAGAAGAACAUUCAGAGCCAGGUCCACAGGUGUGCUGACUCAGGGGGCAAGCUCAGAAAAGAACAGAAAUCUGAACCUUUACAUUCACCGACGUCUAAACGGAAGCGGGUAAAAUUCACAACAUUCACUACCAUCCCACCCGACGAUGGCUGUCCUACUGUCAACUCAAUCCUAAGUAGCAAUGACGAUGACAUUAAGUGGGUGUGCCAGGAUAUGGACCUGGGGGACUCCAAAGAGAUACGAAACUACAUGGAGAAGUUCAAAGACAAAGUAUAG